CCUGAGCAUCUCCUCGUCCCUGGCCGUGCUGGCAGGUCACACGCUCAGCCUCGGGAGGGUCCCCUCGCUGGGAGCAUCAGACCCUGGGUUGAGGGUGCCUGAUCCUGUGGCUGGAUCCAGGGCAGCGGGGGCUGAGCAGCCCAUGCAGCCUGAGCCCCCGGGCAGCUGACCCCGCGCAGUCGGUGUCUCUCCCCUUCUCUGGCUCUUCCUGUUUUCGUGCCGGUUCUUUUCCCCUUCCCCAUCACUUCCCCUUCCCCAGAGGGAUGUGUGUGCAGUGACCUGGUGUUUCGGUGGGCACAGAGCUGGCGUGAGAGCGCGCACAGGACAGAUUCUUCAGGGCCGCGCAGGAACCAGCAAGAGCAGGCAGCUGCUGGUGGCUUUGCCUGCAGUGGUGUGUUUGCAGUGGAGAGGCCAGUUGUGCUCUGGCCAGCGCUCCUCAUCCCUGCAGCCUGUAACUGGCCUGGCUGGCAAGCUGCUGGUGGGACACAGCGUGGAGGCCGUGUGGGUGCCACAGUGAGAACCGUGUGGACGAUAAGCUGGUAAAGCGAGGUUUCUCCACGCAGACAGUGGUUCUUUAGCCCACGAUUGCCUCUCACGCCAUGCAGGUGCUCCUGGGACUGCAACAUAAUCUGGUUUAGAGUUUAUUCCUGUUUUACCUCCCCCAUAGGAUUUUUCUUUGUUGUAGCUGCAGAAGUAAUUAUAUUUAGGAGAACGUUCUUCACCACAGGAGGAAGCAGCAGCCUCCUUGCUUUCAUCUGGUGGCAGGUCUCCAAGCACCUCCUUGUCCGUCCUUGCCAGCUGCCCCAGGGCUGCUGGGGGCCCUGGGCUGCACCCCAUUGAUGGGGAUCCUGGGCUGGCUUGGCCCGGGGGAGUUGGGCACUGCUGCUCAGGGCUCUGCCUCCCUCCAGGACCCUGACCCUUCCUCUCUGGGGUGGGUACAGGGCUGUCGGACCCCUGAGCACGAGCAAGCUGAGCAUGAGCACGUUCUCAAAGUGUUGUUAUAAUACUUGCAAAACAAAACGCAUGAACGACCCUCCAGCUGAAGGGAGUGUUUUGGCAGCCAGUGUGUCUUUCCCCAGCCUACCAGCGGGCUGCUCUGCUGGCAGACCUGCCUGUGCCUUUACAUCUCGCCUGCUUCUCAUUUUGCUCUGUUUUGCUUUGUCUGAUGGUCUCCCCUCCCUGUUUUCCAGCCUGAAUUGCCAAGGAACCUGUGGUCACCAACCGGAGGGAUCUGGGGAUGGAUGGCAAAACUGCAUCCCCAAGGCGCAGUGGUGCCUGCCCCACUCUUGUCGGUGCAGCAGCUCCUCCGUGCUUUGCUAUCCCGGAUUGCCAGGUUGUUUAUGGCAGCAAUUCCUCGGAUUGCUGGCCAGCUGCCCCUGAAUUCUCCUAAAAGGGCUGGUGCUGGUGGGGCAGGUGCAGGCUCUGUCCGCCUGGUGAGGAAUGCCAGAUCUUCAGAAGGGCCUCGUCCCUCCCUGUGGCUGUUCCUAUGCCGGUCACAUCAUUUCAGUGGGGAUGUGCCCCAUGCUCUGCUCUCCAGGCUGGUGGGACCCCAGAGACCACCAAAACACAGGGAGCUCCUGGUUUGUCUCGGGCUCAGGAGCAGAGCUGCUGUCCCUGGGGUGCUCCGCACCUGGCACUGCCGCAGACCCGGCACCGGUGGCCCGGCAGCUGCUGGGUGAGGCUGGUGGUGACUGCCUAUAGCCAUGAUGCGAACGUGGAGUUUUCUGCUCAUUUGUCUUUUGACUUUUGCUGCUGAAACUGCAACCCUGUGAGUUUGCUGUGGUCCCACAUGUACCCAGUGGUGAUACCAUGCCAUCGCCGUGAUCUCCCAGUGUGCUCCCCUGUGCUUGCUUACUGCUCCUUGCUUCUCCACCAAAGGUCAUUUGUCCUUCUAGUCAAAGCUGGUUGGUGUCUACCUGACCUUUCAAGUCAGUAUUUCCCAAACUGACUGGCACCGUGCACUGCUCCCAUGUGAGCUCCACCAUCGUCUUUUCCCCAGCCGUCACCAGCAUCAGAUGCAGCAAACAGCAGCGCUGGAGCAGCUCCUCUUGCGCCACCUCUCCAGCAGGCUCCAGCACGCUCCUGCAGGUUGCCCACCUGGGUGCUGGAGGCUCCGCAUCACUCACAGGUCCAGGCUGCUGCCUCGCACCCUGGAGCCAUGUCUGCGCCCUCUUCCCUCUCCUUGUGGUCUCCCUUCGUUUCUAUCAGGGUGACUUGCUCAGGGGAUCUUGUGGUGCCAGCAUGUCCAGGUGGGCUGUCCUGCCGGUGAGUCCCAUGGUGAUAUGCUCCUCCCUGCACAAAUGAGCAUCACUGUGUCUGUCAUCCCUGAGCAGUUAUCUGACUUUUUUCCUGAAAAUGGAUGGGUAGUUAAAUAGCACAAUGUUGGAACUGGAGUCCUGCAGAACCCUGUCGUGAGCCCUCCUGGAGGGCGGUGGGGAUGUGUCUCUGAGCGGUGAUAAAUCUGUUGUGGUCCAUUUGCCGUGUGCCCCAGGGUGGCACUGGUGUUGGGUCAGUCCCGCUCUGACCGUGUCCGUGUCCUGUGCCUAUUCCCAGUGUAACUGGGGCACGCAGUGCCUGCCACCCCAGAGCUGAUGUGGUCAUGAACACUUGGGGGCCACCUCAGAGAUGGGGGGCGAUGGGGGAGGGAGAGGACUCUUAAACCUUUGCAGCCUGGGGGGGCAUUGCCUGCUGCUCGUCUGUGUUUGCAUUGGGGCCCUGGAGAACUGUGGCUUUUACAGGGAUUUUAACUGACUCUGUAGCCCUCUUCUGACAAGUGACUUUGUAGCUGUGUAAGCAGGCUGUGCCGGUCAGUAGUGCUGCAGCAGGAGGGAGGCUGGAAAAAUGGAAACAAACCACUUAUAAAACCUGAAGAAAUACUGCUGGAACCUGGCGUGCUUAUUGCUGGGACAAAAGAGUGCUGCUGAAAGGCAUUAAUAAAAGCAAAGGGGAAAGGAGGUGCUUGCCAUGGUGAUGAGAGGGAGCUGUGAGGUGAGAGGGAUGGGCCAGGCAGGGAAGGUGAAGCUGGAGCCUGGCUGUCGUGGGGCAGGGGAGGUCAGAGCAGUGAGGGGGUUUGGGGGGUACCAGCACAGCCUGCCCUGGGCCAGCAUGCCCAGACCCCGAGCAGCCUCCUGUGCUGCAGUGAUGCUCGGACCCCCACAGGUGAGUGUGCCAAAGGCACCAGCACUGAGCCAAGCAGAGCCUCUGCCACACGCUUCACUUGGGCUUGUGAGCCUGGCAGCUUGACUGCUUUCUAGAUGCUCCCAACGAGGAGGGUUUGGGCUUUGGUUCCUUGAGCUCCCUGUGCCCUUCAUUGCUGCUUCUCGCUCCUUGCAAGGAGCACAGAAUAGAGCAGCAUGUUCACCUUUCUUGACUGGUCCCCAAACUGCACAGGUGGCUGUCCCCAGGAAUUGGUGCCAGGGAGCUCUGAGACACACGAGGAGCCAGACUUCAGCCUCGGGGUUUGAUAGCCUGGCCAGAAAGGCUGACAGUGGACACAGAGUCAAACUUCCCCUCCACAGCCUGGCUCCCUGGUCUGCCCCUGCAGCUGAGACCCCUGAGGCCAUGCUGCCCCCAUGUCCUGGGGUGUGUGGUGCCAGGGACCCACACUGGCAACACCUGUGUCGGUCUGGGGUUUGCUGGGGAUGGAGAUAAGGAAAGGGGUGAUGGCUGGAAUGAGCCCCUCACAGAGCAGCAUCCCUGGUGGCUGUGUGGUGGCAGGCACACCGGGAGGGUUAAUGGCUGUCUCUCUCCCUCCCCAGCCAUGACAGCGUAGGCAGGCGGCGAGAGAUGGAUCGCUUCGCUGAGUGCGGGACCCAGACGGAUGCAGUGGUGGUGCUGUCCCUGGCGCAGGCUGCGGUUCUGGGCUUGGUGUCUGAGAAUGAGCUGCUUGGGGCCACUGUCAGUCCCUCCGGCUUCUUCCCAGGGCUGGGAGGGAAGCUGCCGGACCCUGCUGCAGUGGAGCCCGGGGAGCCGGAGGGUGAGGGGCAGGCACCAGGGGAUGGGCAGGAGGAGGAUGCCUUGGAGGCAGAGUCCUCCCUGGAGAAGCAUGCCCGGAGGAGGAAGCGGCCUCCUGUGAGGCUGGUGCCCAAGGUCAAGUGCGAGAACACAGAGGCAGAGGAUGAGGUGCUGUACGAAGUGUCCAUCCCUGGGGAUGAGGAGGGUGAGCGGCAGCGCAGACGCCCGCCCCCCCUCCAGGACCCCAGCCAGGAGCAGACGGUGCAGAGCAGCGCCGUGAAGAUGAUCGACCUCGGUGCCUUCAGCAGGAAGCCCCGGCGCCUGCGGCACCUGCGCCGGCACGUGCGCCAGGAGCUGGAGGGCACCGAGUGCCACCUCGGGGGCCCUGACCCUGCCGGUGCAGUGGAUGGUGGCACCGUGGGCACCCUGCGGACUGAAUGCACCUUUGAGGCAGGCGCCCUGUCCCCUGGAGAGGCAGAGGCCCCUGCGCCAGUGUCCCCUGAGCAGGUGAAGAGCGAGCAGGGCUUCACCUGGCAGGAGCCGGGGGAGCUGGAUGCAGAGGUGGUGGGUGCCACCAGCGAGCACAACAAGAAGGCGCAGCUGGACCGGCUGGACAUCAAUGUGCAGAUUGAUGACUCCUACCUGGUGGAGGCAGGGGACCGCCAGAAGCGCUGGCAGUGCCGCAUGUGUGAGAAGUCCUACACCUCCAAGUACAACCUGGUGACCCACAUCCUGGGCCACAAUGGCAUCAAGCCCCACUCCUGUCCGCACUGCAACAAGCUCUUCAAGCAGCCCAGCCAUCUGCAGACCCACCUGCUGACCCACCAGGGCACGCGGCCCCACAAGUGUGAGGUGUGCAGUAAGGCCUUCACCCAGACCAGCCACCUGAAGCGGCAUAUGCUGCUGCACACCGACAUCAAGCCCUACAGCUGCCGCUUCUGCGGCCGGGGCUUCGCCUACCCCAGCGAGCUGAAGGCGCAUGAGGUGAAGCACGAGAGCGGCCGCUGCCACGUCUGCGUGGAGUGCGGGCUGGACUUCUCCACGCUCACCCAGCUGAAGCGGCACCUCUCCACGCACCAGGGCCCCACACUGUACCAGUGCCUGGAGUGCAGCAAGUCAUUCCACUACCGCAGCCAGCUGCAGAACCACAUGCUGAAGCACCAGAACGUCCGGCCCUUCGUCUGCACUGAGUGCGGGAUGGAGUUCAGCCAGAUCCACCACCUCAAGCAGCACUCCCUCACGCACAAGGGCGUGAAAGAGUUCAAGUGCGAGGUCUGCGGGCGGGAGUUCACCCUGCAGGCCAACAUGAAGCGGCACAUGCUGAUCCACACCAGCGUCCGUCCCUACCAGUGCCACAUCUGCUUCAAGACGUUUGUGCAGAAGCAGACGCUCAAGACCCACAUGAUUGUGCACUCACCGGUGAAGCCAUUCAAAUGCAAGGUCUGCGGGAAGUCCUUCAACCGCAUGUACAACCUGCUGGGCCACAUGCACCUGCACGCAGGGAGCAAGCCCUUCAAGUGUCCCUACUGCUCCAGCAAGUUCAACCUGAAGGGCAACCUGAGCCGGCACAUGAAGGUCAAGCACGGGGUGAUGGACAUCAGCCUGGACAGCCAAGAUCCCAUGAUGGACCUGGCCGGGGCUGACCAUGCUGAGCUGGACGGGCAGCAGGAGAUGGAUGACUUCGAGGAGGAGAACUCUUAUGGCUACGGGGAGGUGGGCAACCCUCCGGAUGAGCAUGCCCUGACCGAGCAGGCCAUGAAGGAGAUGGCAUACUACAACAUGUUGUAGCUGAGGCUGGAGGAGGCUGCCAGGGGCCUGUAUGGACUUUGCGUGGUAAGAGGAGCUGCUGCCGGCAGGCUGUGGCACCCAACCAGACCUACGCCACCACCCCUGGAGAAGGGGGGCUCCAGCUGAGCUUGGUGAAGGAGAAAACAGGGAUGUUCAAAAAACUUUGCCAGGGCGAAGGCAGGAGCAGAGGCUGGAGGUGGCACAGGGCAGCGGUUGCUGCCUGCCACAGGCACACCGAACUGGUGCAGCGAGGGCUCAGCUGCAAGCUGCUGCCAGACCCUUGCAGAGCCCCAGUAGAGCUCUCUCCUUCACUGCAGUCCUUCCCUCCUUCCCCACCACCCCCAGAGAGGGAGCGCCGGGCUGUGCACCAGCUGUCUGCAGCUCUCUUGCCCACUGCUGACCUCCCUUCGCUCUGCUCCUGCCUGCCUGCCUGCCCCACCGCAUGGUGGCAUGCUGGGACCUUGCCUCUGUCUUCACCGUUGCCUGUACUUCAGCAUCCAGUGUACUUGAAGCUGCAGGCAGGGGAAGGCACAUCCCAGAAGAUGAUGAGCAUUACUAAUUAUUCUACCUCCUGGGUCCUCCCCCAUGGCUGUGCUGGGGCUGCAGCCCAGCUGGCCCCCUGCUCCCCCCUCCCAGCACCCUGUGGGGCAGAAGCUCCUCUGCCCAUGGGAGGAGGUGGGUUUGCAUUUCUUGCUCUUCCCUGUCUCCCAGACAGGCAAGAGCUGUCCCACUUGCUUUGGCACCAGCUGCGAGCUGGCAUGGGCAAAGCUGUGGCAACCUGCGUGAGGCCAUGGGGCACAUACAAAACAGAAUAUUUUCUUACAAACUAAUGGCAAAGCUCAGAGGAAGCAGCAGCUCGAGGUAUAGAGCAGCUGUAGUGAGCGGUGUAUUUAAAGGAAGGUAAACCCUGUUCAACUUGAGCAAAUGAUGGUAUUUUGAAAGUAAUUUAUUUUUUGCAGAUGUGCUGCGUGGUUGGAUUUAUCUUUUCACUGAGUUCAGUUUCCUUCAACCAAUGUGCUUUGUAAACCUG